GGGGCAAUAUCACUAACGUUUCGCACGCGCAACCAGCAACUUGCAACAGUCGCAGUUAGCCAGUCAAAAGGGAUAGUAUUCUAACGAAAAUUCGUUGAUUUUCAAACAAAAAAACUCAAAACAAACUUCCCAGCCAGAACGGAGGACAAAUUAUUGCAGUGCAAUUAAGCAAAGGCCGCAGGAGUAGCAAAAAUAUAUCUUAAUUGCAGAAGCAAUUAAUAAUUUGCAUUCCAGAAACUUUUGGCGCGUAAAGCAGUUCCUUUGGGGCUUCAGCAUUCGCUUUUACUUUUUCUGUGUUUAAGGCAGUAAUAACAGCAACAAAAAAUAUGUCGAUCUCUGACUUCCGUAAGAAGAAAUUGCUCUUCCUGUUCAACGUUUUCUUUGAUGUCAAUCAGAGUGGCGAAAUCGACGUUAAAGACUUCGAAUUGGCCAUUGAGCGUGUGUGCCAACUACGUGGCUGGGCAAAGGAUACACCCAAGAAUAAGGAGAUUCAUGCGGUGAUGUUGGAAAUCUGGGAGGGUCUGCGUUCCAAAGCUGACAAGGACAACGACGGACAGGUUUCCGUGGACGAGUGGUGCAACAUGUGGGACGUUUACGCCAAGGACCCCAGCAGCGCCAUGGACUGGCAGACAAAAUACAUGAACUUCAUGUUCGAUCUAGAAGAUGCUUCGACUGAUGGCAGCAUCGAUGUAGAGGAGUUCGCUUUAGUCUGCUCCAGCUAUGGCUUAGAGAAGUCCGAGUGCGAGAAUGCAUUUAAGAAAAUGGCGCAGGGUAAGUCGGAAGUUUCACGCGACCAAUUCGCUACUUUAUGGAAGGAGUACUUUGCCUCAGAGGAUGUUAACGCGCCAGGAAACUUCAUCUUCGGCAAGACCUCAUUUUAACGCUCUAAAACUUGCCCAGCUGGUCGAUAAGCUCAUAGCCAAUACCCAGCUAUUAAUUUCUUCAAAAUGUUUUCACGGGCAAUAGUUGAAGGUACACAAUGGGGUGAAGUAAAAGAUUUAAUUGGUAUCAAUUUUUAAGUGUUAAUGUUGAGAUAAGCCCCUGAUAAUAGAAUGAUUAAAAAAAUGAAGUAAAUUAAUAAAUAUUUAUUAAAAAAACACAUAAAAAAUAGUCAAUGAACAAUUCGUGAAUUAAUCAAAUUUUGGGGUAUUCAACAAUUUUAAGUCAGUCAGUAAUGGGAAAAAGCAAUGUUGAGGAAAAAGUUUUCAAGUUUUGAUGCGCUUUAGGGCCUAUUCAUGGAUAAUUAACAGAAAAGAUACUUUAAAAAAUCAAAAAUCAAAAAAGCGUACAACUUUAUUUAAAACAAAAAGAUAUAUAUGAUUCCUGAUCAAUGUGCUCAACUAUAUCUACAAAUUAAAAAAUAUAUACAUACAUACACACUUAAAUAUGAGACUAUAUCGAAUGCUGACACAUACAUGCACACAUGUACUAUAAUCAGGUUUGGCGUAAGGUAUUCUCGUAUAUAUGUAGUCAAUUCUUCGUCAAUAGAGCCUAUGUAUGUAUUUAUAUAUAUUGUACAUUCCUGACAUUGAGUGAUCUAUCCUGUUACUUUUUUGUAUAAAUGUAGAUAAGCGUUCGAAAAAUAUUUCUCAGUGGUUAAAGUAGUGGUAUAAAAAAUUUUAAUUAUUAAAGAAAAAUUUAUUAAUUAGUUAAAAUAUAAAGAAAUCAAAUAAAAGUUUCCAAAACUAAUAAUAUAAAAAAGAAAAACUAUGAAAUAUGUAAAUGAUAUUUAAAAUGAAAUUGUUUAUUAAAUGUUUGUGUGUGUAGCUAAAUAAAUUCAAUA